UGUAAGUUGUGUACAGCAGUCCCGGUGAGGUGGGAAAGGGCGGGUAGUGGAGGGAGAAAGAAAAGAGACUCGGGCGGAGCUAACUUCGCGUGCAAAGCGGGACAUGGAGGAACGCGGGUCUCCAGACGGGGACCCCGCACGGAGCCUGGAGCAGGGGCCAGAGGGGCCAGAAACGCCCAUCCAGGUGGUGCUCAGGGUGCGUCCCAUGAGCGCGGCCGAGUUGCGUCGAGGGGAACAGAGCGCGCUGCACUGCUCGGGGACCCGGACUCUGCAAGUGAGCCCCCCGGGCGGCGGCCCGGACGUGGCCUUCCGCUUCCGCGCGGUGCUGGACGGGGCGCGCACGCAGGAGGACGUGUUCCGGGCGUGCGGCGUGCGGCGGCUGGGCGAGCUGGCGCUGCGCGGCUUCUCCUGCACUGUCUUCACCUUCGGUCAGACCGGCUCCGGGAAGACCUACACCCUGACCGGGCCUCCUCCGCAGGGCGAGGGUGUGCCCGUACCCCCCAACCUAACCGGCAUCAUACAGAGGACCUUCAUCUGGCUGUUAGACCGGGUUCAGCACCUGGGCGCGCCUGUUACCCUCCGUGCCUCCUAUUUGGAGAUCUACAAUGAGCAGGUUCGGGACCUUCUGAGUGUGGGAUCUCCCCGACCCCUCCCUGUUCGCUGGAAUAAGACCCGUGGCUUCUAUGUGGACCAGCUGCGGGUGGUGGAGUUUGGGAGUCUGGGGGCCCUGAUGGACCUUCUCCAAAUGGGUCUUACCCGCCGACGGAGCUCAGCUCACACCCUGAACCAGGCCUCCAGCCGAAGCCAUGCCCUGCUCACGCUCUACAUCAGCCGCCAAACUAUGCCUCCAGGGGACCCUGGGGAACCCCCCGUGGCGGGGAAGCUGUGCUUUGUAGACCUGGCUGGCAGUGAGAAGGUGGCAGCCACAGGAUCCCGGGGGGAGCUGAUGCUUGAGGCGAACAGCAUCAACCGCAGCCUACUGGCCUUGGGUCACUGCAUCUCCCUGUUGCUGGACCCACAGCGGAAGCAGAGCCACAUCCCCUUCCGGGACAGCAAGCUCACCAAGCUGUUGGCAGACUCGCUGGGGGGACGCGGGGUCACCCUCAUGGUGGCCUGCGUGUCCCCUUCAGCCCAGUGCCUUCCUGAGACACUCAGCACCCUGCGAUAUGCAAGCCGGGCCCAGCGGGUCACCACUCGGCCACAGGCCCCCAAGUCACCAAAGGCAAAGCAUCCCCAGCGUUUGGAGGUUGAGAUACUGCAGCUGCAGGAGGAGAACCGUUGCCUGCGGUCCCAGCUGGGGCAAAGAGACCCCAAGGCCUCCAGGCUCAGUGGGGCUCGGGUGGCCUGGGCCCAGCGGAACCUCUAUGGGAUGCUCCAGGAGUUCAUGCUGGAGAAUGAGAGGCUCAGGAAAGAAAAGAGCCAGCUGCAGAGUAGCCAGGCCCAAGCCCGGGACGAACAGCGCAUCCUGGCCCAGCAGGUCCAGGAGCUGGAGCGGCGCCUCCUCAGUGCCUGCUACCAUCACCAGCCGCACCCUGGCCUGGCCCCUCCUUGUCCCUGUGUGAUGGUGCCAGCUCCCCCGUGCCACGCCCUGCCUCCCUCCUGCUCCUGCAGCUGCUUCUGCCCCCUGUGCCGAGCACCACUGGCCCACUGGGCCUGUGCACGUGGGGAGCUCCACCUGCCCCAGGUGUUUGGCCCUAAGGCCCCAGGCGGUGUGCCCCUGUCUGCCCAGCCCUCACCCUGGGCACCCCCAGGCAACCCUGGCUCUGCCAAGUGUCCAAGAGAGAGGAGUCCUAGCGACUGGCCUCAGGCCCGAGUCCUGGCGGAGAUGCUGCUGGAAGAGGAGGCGGUACCCUCCGCGCCCCCACUGCCUGUGGGGCCCCUGAACACCUCACCAGUGCUGAGAGGUGGUGCUGCAGUUCCAAACCUGGCCCGGAGACUGGAGGCCCUCCGAGACCAGAUUGGUAGCUCCCUGCGCCGCGGCCGGAGCCAGCCGCCCCCCAGCGAGGCUGCUGGGAGCCCCAGGAGAGUCCUCCCUGCUGAGGGCAAAGCAGAAACCUAAGAGACUACUGCGUGACCUUGGUCUGGGCUCUGUGCUCCCAGGCUUCCGUCUCCCUAUCUGUGCAGUGGGGAUGGCAGCUGCCGUCCCCCUGUGCACCUGUGCCGCACGGAGGCCAGUUCCUGAGGGCUGCGGCUAGGGGCUUGUGGGCAAGUUUGGGGGAGCAGAGGGAGGGGGACACCCCAGACUGUGAGAAAGGAGAGACUGGAUUUGGGAGAAGCCAGGCGGUGGGUGAUGAAACAGACAAACGAUUAAAGAAAGGUGUCGCUCCGG